CUUCCAAGCGUCGUAACUGGUCAAUCAUCACCAGGGAGAUUGUCUCCACCUUCUGUACGUAGCCUAUGAGUUGAAGUUUGUCUUCUGGGGCUCUCCGUCAAUCGCAUUAUACAGACAGUCACAGGAGACUUUGCUUGAAAGCUUACAUGUCAUCACAGGAAGUGACCUUGACGGUCCGUUUGGUUCGCUCCUUUGAGCAUCGUAAUUUCCGCCCCAUUGUGUACCAUGGUGUUAACUUAGAUCAGACAGCACAAGAAUUUAUAGCACAUGUAUUGAAAGACAUUACUACACGAGCAGGGCUACCAGCUCCUUUUAGGACAUAUUCAUAUGAUACAAUGAAAAUCAUUCAUCAAGCCCAUGGAUCUAAGACUAAUGAGUUGGUGGUGAGCUUAGAAGAUGACGAUAAACUUAUUCUUCAAGGAGACCACACAUUGCGUGAGGCUGGAGUGGCCCACGAAACAGAGUUGGCUUUAUUCUGUGAAAAAGACUACAAGAACUACAAAGCAAAUCCAACCACAUCUUGGUGACUAAACACUCUCAAUCUGCUUGAGGCUUCUUUCAGCUGCUCCAGAAUGCACAGGAGUCAGAGGGGCAUGACGUCACGUUUACAAAGAAGCGUUUUCUGCACAUUUUUAUUUAAUAAAUUACUACUCCAAGGAUGGUUCCUUCUAAUGGUAUUUGAGAAAAAAGGUUUCUGUGUAGUAGGUACAAAUCCCGCUAUAUUGCCUUAUUGGCUUCUGUUACAUAGGUUGAUUGCCAGAUAGCUAAUGGCACAGUAAAAGUCAAUGCAUUGUUUCUUUAAUCUAUAAAAGAGGGUUUAAAAAAAAUAUACAGAUAAACUGCUCUUCCCAUGCUUAUUAAAUAAACUUUCUCUUUUUA